UCGACCGCAAGGGAGGGUUUUCGCGAUCCAACGGCCGUAACCCCACCGCCGCACCGCUUCACACACGGCUACACCUCCCUCCGCAAAUCCUCCCCGCGCUCUCUCCCUCGUCUUGCGCCGCCGCCAUUUUCUUCUAGGUUCGGGCGGUGAACUGGGGAGUGUUCGCCUUAGAUGGCAGGGACGCUCGCGGGAGCUGGGAUCGUGUGGCAGACGCCGGCCAACCCGCCAGAGGCGCAAGACUACAUCUUCCACAACGGUCGGCGCUACGUGAGGCCCUAUUACUUCGAGUUCAUAUCCCAUGCCAAGAACAGAUGGGCUGGAAAGACCAUUGUAGACCUCUUCACAGAAGAAUUCAAGGGGCGCCCCCGUGAAUACUAUGUAGGCAGGCAACAUUCCCUUUUAAUAAUACUUGCUCAUGCAGUGAAGUGUGGGAGGCUUCAGGUGGAUGAGCAAAUGGUUCAUGCGGACUAUAUUGUGAAAUCAUCACAAAAGAUAAGCCAUUUCUUGCACAGGCAUGAGCCACCAGUCUUGGGUGGCAAUAUUGUAAUCCUUCAGAAUGAAGUUGAUGUCGUAACUGUUUGCAAACCGGCAUCUGUUCCAGUUCAUCCUUGUGGACAGUAUCGUAAAAACACUGUAGUAGGCAUUAUGCAGGCUGAGCAUGGAUUGUCACCCCUAUUUCUGCACCGGUUAGACCGGCUAGUUUCAGGUCUCCUUAUAUUUGCUAAAAGUGCUGCUCGAGCAGAAUCUUUCAGGCAACAGAUUGAAGCUAAUCUGCUGCAAAAAGAAUAUGUAGCCAAAGUUGUUGGUGUCUUUCCUGACGGCGAGCGAACUGUUGACGCUAAUGUAAACUUCAAUGCACGGGAAGGAAGGAGCACUGUGGAGGUUUGUGAUGGUUCUGGUAAGGCCCUUCCAAGUGGAAAACAAGCAUGUACCAAGUUUCAGAGGAUUUGCACUGAUGGGAACCACAGCAUUGUCUUGUGCAAACCUGUGACUGGCCGAACUCACCAGAUAAGGGUACAUCUAAAACACAUUGGUUACCCAAUAGCCAAUGAUGAGCUGUAUCUUUCGGGGAAUUUUUGUCCGCGUUCAUCAAAGGGAACAAGUAUAAACAGGGCAACCUCACUAGCAUGCUCAUCGUUAUCAUCAGAUCCUGAUUGUGUUGCUGAAGCUGAUCUGGAAUUUGAUAUUGAUGCAAUGUGCACGAAUUGCCCAAAUCUUGCUCCUGUCGGUUAUGACGGAGAUGAGGAAGGAUUAUGGCUGCAUUGUGUGAGAUAUACUGGUCCUGAUUGGAGCUUCGAAUGCCCAUAUCCUGACUGGACCUCCCUUGAUAAUGUCUCGAGGAAGAAAAUGAAGUCCUGAUGUAACCUUUGCUCAUUCGUGGACCAGCUAAAGAUAAAGUCAAGAAAGCAAACGAGGUCCUGAUUGUAUUGUAGCCCACCAGGUAGUAUGGCUGAAAUAUUGAGAUGCUUAUGAUGCUAGUGCUAUUAUAUUGUCAUUAAUAGGUGGAGCUAAUUUUACAA